AUGAGCUACUACGACCAGCAGAGCAACUACUGGUACGACGUCUCGGCUUCCCAAGACCAGGCAACGUCGCCAUCUGCGUAUCAAUACGACAGUUACUCCUACCCCCUUGCCCGGGGCGCCAGCUCUGGGGGUAGUUCUACCGCCUCAACCGUCCCUGAGUCUCCCAUGCCGAGUGGCUACUAUUACAGCGACCCGUCGGCGGUCAACUACUCUGCUCAACAACAGGAUCCUGCAUAUCAACACGGCCCUGCCUACCUACAAGACUCUACCUAUCAGGAUUCUUAUUCCUCAGCCUACUCUGCAGGUUCAGAGGACACCAUUGUUCCUCGGGGUGAUGGUCCCUCCGGACAAGACGCUCCUGCUAUAUGCCUUUACGCUGGCUGCAAUGCUAAGCCCUUCAAGCGCACUGCCGAUCUUCAGCGCCACUACAGGAACACUCACAAUCCUGAUUCGACCAAGGAGGCGUACUUUUGCGACUACCCACGAUGCACCCGCGCCAGCGAGCCUUUCCGUCGUCGUGAUCACUUCCGCGACCACUUGCGCGAGUACCAUCGUGAGGAUAUCCAGAAGCGCGGCGUCGUCGUCAACGAAGAGUGGCUCGAGGAUCGAUACUAUGCCAACAACUGGUGGCGAUGCCCGCGAUGCCUCAUCCGGGUCUACAUCUCCAAGGACGACUUUGAAUGCCCCAAGUGCAAGGUGUCUUGUGAGCCCAAGCGCAAGGAGAAGCGCCGCAGCCGAUCUUGA